AUUCAGUUCAGUAGUACGAAGCACUCGAAGCGAACCGACCGCAGAACCGGAUCAUUAUAUAUAUCGAUACUAGUUAGUAAUUACUAAACCACAGAAAAAGUGACAUCAUGUGCAAAAGUGUGAUUAUUAGCCUGGCCAUCGUGGCCUGUUUCUCUAUGGCGAUGGCUCAAAAUGCACAAUCUUGUGCCAGCGCCACCAGCAAAGACUUCAACAAUACCGAUUUCAGCGGCCUAUGGUACGAGUUGGCCCGCAAUCCCGCUUCGAAUGUCUCCUGCACCAAAGUUAACAUUGCCUACUGGGGAAAUGCCAACAACGGCACCAAUAUGCUGGUCGAUGUCAGCCAUGCGAGCAAUAAUGUCUCCACCUUAAUAGAUGUCUUUGAGAAAGCAAAUGUAACCCUGGUAACGGGUCAGACCACCGGCUACAAUGUAACCUUUACGAAUGGUCAAAGCCAGGAUUAUGUCUUUAUCAAGAUCCUCGAUCUGGUGAACUCAACCUACUUGUUGGGAUGCAGUUACACGGAUGCAAACAAUGCGUCGACCAGUGCCGCGUUUAUUUUGGGCAGAUCUAACUACACCCUGGAUGGAGUUAAAAUUGCCAACAAUGAUGCCUCCACGAAGUUCAGUAACUUCCAGAACAACACUUACGGCAAUGUGACGCAGUUGGGUUGCCGUGCCAACUCUGCUGGAAAGAUGACGCCACUGACCCUGAUUUCUGCCUUCCUGGCCAUCGCCCUGCUGCUGAUCAAGGCUUAAUAAAAAGGAGAUCUCUAAUGCCAAUAGCUUUGCCUCAGCCAACAACAUAAAAAUAUGAAAAAAAAACCAAAAACCAAAACUAAGUUAUUGCGUCAUUCUCUUUAUUUAGUUUUUAGUUGACUUUUAAACUCCCAGUCGCCGAGCUCAGAAAGUGAGCCAAGGCAAAAUGAUGUCAAUAAUAAAAAGUAAAGGCCGCCCCAUAAAGAAAA